AUGAACCGAGCCGGGUGCAAAAUGGAGAUUCCUGCCCUCUCCGCGAUGUUCCAUCCCGAGACGGCGGAAUCUGAAACAACAUCCACCAGGCACGUAUGGAAGUACUACUCCAUCAACAGCCUCUCCGCUCGCUCUCCCGGACUCCCACGGGCUCGCCCCUCUGGCGCGACGGCUCCGUUGCUACGAGCCACCUCCUCCUUCCGGCAAACGGAUCGGCAGCAGCCCGAAACACUGGACAGUUCCGAGACAGGCGCCGGCCAGGGGUCGGAGAUUGCGCCGGAGUCUCUCCGCCGCAGGCCCCGUUCGACGAGAGCUGCGGUUCUGAUCUGUCUCUUUGAAGGCGGCAGCGGCGGCGGGGGCGAGGGCGAUCUGCGCGUCCUGCUCACCAAACGCGCCUCCACGCUCUCUGCUCAUCCUGGAGAAGUUUCGUUGCCUGGUGGGAAACGGGAGGAAGGCGACGCCGACGACAUCGCGACGGCCUUGAGGGAGGCCAAGGAGGAGAUCGGGUUGGACCCAUCUCUCGUUGAAGUCGUCACUGUUCUUCAACCAUUCGUGACCAAGAUAGGUAUCACGGUGGUUCCUGUGGUUGGCAUUCUUGCCGACAAGAAUGCAUACCAUCCAGCCACGAAUCCGGCCGAGGUGGAAGCGAUCUUCAAUGCGCCUUUAGAAAUGUUUCUUCAUGACGAGAACAGGAGAGCGGAGGAGAGGGAGUGGAUGGGAGAUAAGUAUCUACUCCAUCGUUUUGACUAUCAAACAGCAGAUAAGAAGUAUGAGAUAUUUGCUCUAACAGCUGGAAUAUUGAUAAGGACCGCAUCGGUCGUAUACCAGCGGCCGCCGGCAUUUGCAGAGCGCUGUCCCAAAUUUUGGCAUUCCUAGGAUGUUCUGUGUUAUUGCAUAAUCAAUAACAAACUCAAAUAAAGUUCCAAUCUUGACAUUGUGAGAAUAGCCAUUCUUGUCAUCUAAUGUAGAGACAGAAACUUGAAUUUGAGCUACCAACGAUGGUAAGUGUCAAUUUACAUUGGAGAAAAUCAUUACUUGGAAAAACAGGGUUUUGGUAGUGAGUUC